CUUCAUCACUGCCUCAUCCGAUCCCUUCUUCCCGAUCCAGCUCCCAGCAUGAGCACCAGCGAAGCCGCCCCCUCCGCCACCGCGAUCACCAUCGAUGACUCCGAUGCCAGAGGAAAAGCCCCUGCUGCUGCUCCGGCUCCCGCGGCACCUCCUCCUGCUGCCGCCCCCGCCCCUAAAGAUCGACGCUUCCCCUUCCUUCUCAGGAAGACCAAGGCCGCUGGUGGGGGGUGCAAGAGAGGCGUAGCCUGCUUCGACUUCCUUCUACGGCUCUGCGCGAUAGCUGCUACGCUCGUCGCCGCCAUCAUGAUGGGAACCACCGAUGAGACUCUCCCUUUCUUCACUCAGUUCUUCCAGUUCCAUGCCAACUUCGCCGAUCUCCCUGCCUUGACGUUCUUCGUGGUGGGGAAUGCGAUCGCAGCAGGUUACCUCGUCCUCUCCCUCCCCUUCUCCCUAGCCGCCAUGGUUCGGCCCCAAGCGAUCGGUCCAAGGCUUCUGCUCUUCGUCCUCGACACAGUCAUGAUGGAGCUGACGAUCGCUGCGGCUUCUUCGGCGACGGCCAUCGUGUACUUGGCUCACAACGGCAGCUCCAAGGCCAACUGGGUGGCCAUCUGCCUGCGGUUCGAUGGCUUCUGCCAGAGCAUCAGCGGAGCCGUCGUGGCGUCCUUCAUAGCCGUCGUCUUCUUCAUGGUGUUGGUCGUCAUGUCUGCUCUGGUCAUGCGGAAGCAUUAAGAAGCGUAUGUUGGUGGUCUUCUCUCGUGCGCGUCUCUCGUUUCAUGGUUCCGUGACUCUGCUCUGCAGUUGACUCCAUUCCUCAUGUGGUCAAUCUACGAUGCCAUAGAUGUUUGAAUGUGUUUGUGCUGCUCUCAUGUGGUUAUGUAAUGAUGUAUUCUGUGCGACUCUGUGCAUUAAACCGAAAAAGAAAGCUCAUAUUUCUUCUGUGCUUUAAAA